AUGGCUUCAGACGCUGCUGUUUCAAGCAUCAAAGUGAUGAACCAGGAUCUUGUUAAGUUAGAUCGAUUUGAUGGAACAAAUUACACAAGAUGGCAAGACAAGAUGACAUUCCUAUUGACUGCCCUGAAGGUUCACUAUGUUCUUGAUCCCGACCUACAACCAAUACCUGAACCAACAGAAAAUGAUUCGGAAGAACUCAAGAAGGAGCGCAAGAAACGCAAGGAGGACGAACUGCUUUGCCGUGGACACAUUCUGAAUACUUUAUCUGAUCGUCUCUACGACCUCUACACAGACAAUCCAUCGGCAACAGAAAUAUGGAAGGCACUAGAAUUCAAGUUCAAGGCUGAAGAGGAAGAUUCUAAGCCCAUUCUUCCCCAAGUGCAUGAAUUGCAAGUUCUGGUCAAUAAAAUAAAGGCAGUAAAAAUAGACAUCCCUGAGACCUUCCAAGUCGGUGCAAUUAUUGCAAAAUUACCACCUUCAUGGAAAGGCUACCGAAAGAAAUUGUUGCACAGUUCCGAGGACUUCUCCUUGGAGAAAAUUCAGAAACAUCUUCGAAUCGAGGAGGAAUCGAAGGAGAGGGAGAAAUCAGAACCCCCUACUCAUUUCAAAACAAACGCUGUGACCAACAAGGGAAAGAAGAGACAUGAUGGCAUAAAGAGUCAUCUUGGACCAAAGAAAGAACAUAACAAGUUCAAGAACUCUGGCGGUCAUAAAGGUCCAAAGAACGGAUGUUUCGUAUGCGGUAAACCUGGACACUAUGCUCGAGAUUGCAGACAAAAUAAAGCAAAAAAUGAGAUCAAUGCAAUUCGAUCAGAUGAUGACAUAAUUGCUACAGUGAGUGAAAUUAUGGCAAUCAAAGGAAAAGUUCAAGGUUGGUGGUAUGACACUUGUGCUACAGUGCAUGUUACUUAUGACAAGGCUGCAUUCAAAACCUAUUCUGAAGCAAUUGAUGGACAAGAGGUACAAAUGGGAAAUGAAGUCCGCUCUAAAGUUGUUGGAACCGGUUCGGUCGAACUUAACUUCACUUCUGGAAAGAAAGUUACACUUAAAACUGGUAUAUCUCCAUAUGAGUCAUGGAAAGGCAGAGCGCCAAAUAUCGGUUACUUUAAAGUGUGGGGGUGUGUGGCAUACUACAAAAACAUGGACCCUAAAAGAACCAAGUUGGGUCCUCGAGGAAUAAGAUGUGCUUUUGUAGGAUAUGCACAACACAGUAAAGCAUAUAGACUCUUAAAUCUAGAAUCUAAUGUAAUUGUUGAAUCCCGGGAUGUAGAAUUCUUUGAAAACCUUAUCACAAAGGAUAAAGGAUCGGAGUCGGCCACUAAUAAAGAAUCUCAUGAAGAUAACUCUUCUCGGACUGUAGAAAUACAAACUGAAGGCACUCCUAUAAUCAUUGAACCACAACCCGAGCCUAGGAUAAGCAAGAGAAUUCGGAAAACAAAGAAUCUAGGACCAGAUGAGAUUGAUUCUCAAUCUAUUUCCUUUUAUCUUGUUGAGGGAAAUUCAUCUUUGAAUGAUCUUAUAAUCCAUCAGAUGGAUGUUAAAACAGCGUUCCUAAAUGGAGAUCUCGAUGAGGAAAUCUACAUGGAACAACCGGAAGGCUACCUGCUUCCUGGAAAUGAACAAAAGGUGUGUAAACUUGUCAAAUCCUUAUACGGACUAAAACAAGCACCAAAACAGUGGCAUCAAAAAUUUGACUCUGUAAUACUCUCAAAUGGAUUUAUUCCUAAUUCUUGUGACAAGUGUUUAUACACAAAGACGUGCAAAACCACUGUAAUAUUCCUUUGUCUCUAUGUCGACGAUAUGUUGAUCAUUAGUAAUGAUUUAAAAGGAAUCUUAGAAACAAAGAAGUUUCUAACAUCCACUUUCAAGAUGAAAGAUCUUGGACUUGUUGACACAAUUUUAGGGAUUAAGGUUAAGCGAAAUAGUGGGGGUUAUGAACUUAGUCAAACCCACUAUAUUGAGAAAAUGCUUGAUAAGUUUAAACAUCUAAACUCUAAGGAAGUAACCACUCCAUUUGAUCAUGCCAACAAACUUCAAAAGAAUAAUGGAAGAUCAGUGGCUCAAUUGGAAUAUGCAAGUGCAAUAGGGUGUCUAAUGAAGCAUAGAGCAAUGACUUCUCAUUCAAACGAGAAUUUUCCAGCAAAUAUUCUCAUCUUGGAUGACAAGAAUUAUGAUAGUUGGUGUAAGAAGAUGAAGAUUGUCUUCUGCUAUCAAGUUAUUUGGGAUCUUGUGAAGAAUGGAGUAACAUCAAUUGGCGACAAUGUCAUAGAUGAAAUAAAGAUUGCACAUAAAGAUUUGAAGAAGAAAGAUUAUAAAGCUCUUUUUAUAAUCCCUAAAUGCGUUGAUCCAGACAACUUUGAGAAAAUUGGUAAUGUAGACUCAUCGAAGAAGGCAUGA